AUGCCUUUGUCUCUGUUCUCUCCUCUUCCUCUGCUCCACUCAUUCUCCUCCACCGUCGCGACAAAAGCCACCGUCCCGAGGAUCAGAGCUACACCGUCUAAAUUCCGGUUCACCGUCGUCAAAGCUACGCCGGAGAACAACGGUAGUAGCGAUGAGGAUCCAGCUUUCAAUCCAUUUGGCUUUGUCACGGACAAUCCGUCUAGCCGUAGCGCAAUUCAGCUGCCGGAAUCUCCGGCUGAAGACGGUAACGUCGGUCAGAUGCUCUACAGGACUGAAGAUAAAGGAAGAGAAUUUGGUUCGACCAUCAAAUCCGGGAAGCUUAGAUGGUUUGUAAGAGAAACUGGAUCAAAGGAGAGCCGUCGAGGAACCGUUGUCUUUCUUCAUGGAGCUCCGACUCAGUCUUUUAGUUUCCGGACUGUCAUGUCUCAGAUGUCAGAAGCUGGAUUUCACUGCUUUGCACCUGACUGGAUAGGAUUCGGAUUCAGUGACAAACCUCAGCCAGGAUAUGGUUUUAAUUACACAGAAAAAGAGUACCAUGAGGCAUUUGAUAAACUUCUGGAGGUGCUUGAGGUCAAAUCUCCUUUCUUUCUUGUUGUUCAGGGAUUUCUUGUAGGUUCGUACGGUUUAACAUGGGCGUUGAAAAAUCAAAGCAAGAUUGAGAAACUUGCGAUCCUUAAUACUCCACUGACCGUUUCAUCACCAGUUCCUGGAUUAUUUAAGCAGCUGAGAAUUCCACUCUUUGGUGAAUUCACGUGCCAAAAUGCUAUCUUGGCCGAGCGGUUCAUUGAAGGAGGUAGCCCCUACGUGCUGAAGAAUGAGAAAGCUGAUGUCUACCGUCUACCAUAUUUGUCAAGCGGAGGACCUGGCUUUGCCUUGCUCGAGACUGCGAAAAAGAUCAACUUCGGAGACACCUUGAGUCAAAUUGCAAAUGGUUUUUCAUCAGGCAGCUGGGAUAAGCCAAUGCUUGUGGCUUGGGGAAUAGCUGAUAAAUACUUGCCUCAGUCAAUAGCAGAGGAAUUUGAGAAACAGAACCCUCAAAAUGUCAAGCUUCGACUCAUUGAAGGAGCUGGCCAUUUGCCUCAGGAAGACUGGCCAGAGAAAGUUGUUGCUGCCCUCCGAGGGUUUUUCUGA